GUGAGGCCAGCUGCAAGCAGGGCAUCCGCAAAUGGCCAAGUGUCAAGACAAUCUCAGGGCUCGCGUCCCAGCCGGGAUCUUGCUGCAGCUAGAUCUGCUCCUGCGUUGGCAGCAUCCCCGUGCACAGAGGCAGUGCAGGCAAAAAAGAAAAGCAAACCCAAGCCCAAGGUGAAAGAAAAGACGUUGUCAAUCGAUGAGGAUUUGCUUCCAAUCCCACACGGCCUGCAGUGCGUGAUCUGCAGAGAUCCUUUCAAGGAUCCAGUCUUUACAGAAGACGGUCAUUCAUACUGCCGUGGAUGCAUUUUGGAUUGGUUCAAGGCCCAUGAUGCCAGGGUACGCGAGUUCUAUGAUGUCCCUGGCAACAUCGCCCCCUCUAGCAGGAAGAUGCCACCUUCGCUUCUUGCUCCAAUGACCCAGCUCCCGUUGACAAGUCGCACGCUGCAGCCAAACAUUGCCCUGAAGCAGGCAGUGGAGGCUUUCCGGUCAGAGCGGCCGGCUGAGGAGGCUCGUGAGCGCGAGCGUCGGCAGCUGCUGCGAAAGGUCGAGGAAGUUCAAGCUGCCGAAGGUAAUCUGAAGUCGAACUUCAAUCAGGAGCUUCAAUCAGGAUAUCUGUCCAAGCCACUCACCCAAGAGCAGCUUGGUCAAGCCAACGUAGAACUCAAAGCAGCGCAGGAAGAGGCAGUGAAGCUCCAGGAACAGGCUGUGGCCGUUGUAGGCGAUGACUUCGAUGAUUUGGCGUACGAGCUAGAGCAGUUGGAAGAUGAGCUUCUGAAUCAGAGUGCAGAAGAGUUGGGGCUUGUCCGACUGCCAUACCACACCGAGAUGCCCGGACAGAGGCCACGGUUUGGCCGUCCUCGAUCUCAGUCUGCAUAG